UUCAUGAUAGCAUCCACCCUAAAAAUAAAAAUAAUUCACUAGAAACCUGACCUGGCUAACCCAGGUUCCUUUGAUUAUGCAAUUGGAACUCUUAAGAACAGACAACAACACCACGGACACGUGAUGUCAUAGUGUUACUUACUUCUGGAACUCUCAUUCUCUACGGGCAGGACCACCAUUGAUACCAUGGGCCGUCACCGCAGCAUCUCUCCGCCGCCGCAAGAGAAGCACCGGCAUUUGAGGAGCAGAGGGAGGGGUUCUGAGAGGGAAGGUGUUGAGAGGACGGAGAAUGACGAGGAGGAGGGUCACGGCGGAGGAAAGAGCAGCAGGUCGAGGCACGAGAGGUCGCCGGAGCGCCACCACAAUGGAAGGAGCAGGCACAGGUCUCAGUCGCCACAGCGUCGUGAUGAGGAAUGACGAUGAUUCUAUCAUGAAGAUGAAGGCUGCUGAGGAGGCUCUGAAAGAAAAACAGAAGGCUCAACAAGGAGAGGUUGCAAUGGUUGCUAACUUGGCUGAUCCUGGCUAUGCACUUGAACUAUCAACUGCAGUUCCUUCUGUUGGAUUGAAUUGCAGGGACUCAAUGGGUACCGAAUUCGAAACCAUUGAGGGAAGGAUAACAUCUAUGCUUUCGCAGCUACAAUCUGAGUGUGGCAUCCUUCACAGAAUGGUCUACAAGAACAAGAACCAGCACCGCCGCUGUGGCUAUUUCCAGCGUCUCUUGAAGGUGAGAAGGGAUAUGAGGCUUCUGCAAUCUGCAAACUUGGAGGAGCUUGUUACAUCAUGUUUCCUUGUGAUCAAAGGAGAAAGACCAAAACAGAAGGUUCAUCUUUUAGAGAGCUUGAAAAGGAGAAAAUGCUAUGGUGAAAAGCAUAAUUUUUUGGAGCGCCUUUUAGGAGCUGCACGAUUACUGUCAGAGAUGGCUGAACCAAUACUGAAGGCUGCAACUGAAAUAUCUGUAUUGUUUGCUCGAUCCUUUUUUAUGGGAUUUUCUGUAACAGUUAUGGCCUUGCUUGCGCGUCUUCGCGUUUUGGUUCAACAAAUCUUACUUGAUGUUGUUUCAUUGUUCAACAUGGUUUCUUCCCUGUCUAGGAAGAAGCAAUCAAUAAAAAUAUCUCAUGAGAGAGUAGAGUGUGUAUGGGAAUCAGAUAAAUUUAUAUUACUUGAGACAAAGCAUAAGUGGGAGAGUGAAAAUCAAAGUGAGGACUCUGGUGGAAUUUUCUCUUUUCAAGCAUCUGGUGUCAACUAUACUAGUAUCAAGUCUAUUCUUGGGGAUGAUCAACUUGUCUCUCAGAGAGUUGAAACAGACCCUACUGCCAGAGAAGAUGUCAAGGACAUGAAUACUGAUUUGUUGACAGGCUCAUCACAGAUUGAUUAUGGCAAUGAGACUUUAUGUAGUAAGGAAUGUGGAGAAAGUGAUGGUACCGCAAAAUCCUCGUUUGGCGAAUCUUCACAAGAGGGUGGCUUACAUGAAUUAUCACGUCGCCACUCUGGUUUAAAGAAGGUCUCAUUUGUGUCAAUAAAGAAUCCUACAUCAGCUCCACAAAAUGCACAGAGUAUUCCUGUGUUUACUAGCAAUGUCAAGGCAUUUCAUUUCAUGGGAAAUCAAAGUGAUCAAACAAAAGAUGACACAAGGGAUUCACUUGCAAAUGUACUUGCUAAUAUAAAUGCAAAGGAUAGUUUUUUUUAAACACUGAUAUUUUUUAAUGCAAGCAUAUUGGGAAUU